AUGAUUAUGCUUCAUAACAAUAAUUAUGAUCUGUUUCGAUCAACACACGACUAUUUCGUUAUUGUUGCUCUUAAUAGAUUGGUUUAUAUUAUGAUAAUUCAUUGGAUUGAGAUUUAUCGUUUUUUGUCACGUGUGAUUGCACUAUUAAUUGCAGUCACAACUGACCAAGAACGUGUUUGUAUAACAGAUAACACAUUUUUGCGACAUGCGAAAAUUAGGAAUAUUAUGGUAAAAAUAAACGCUUCAAAGAUGACACUCCUUCACUCAUUCUAUGGCCAGAACACACUGAAGGCACAAUAUUACGGUGGUUUAUUAUGCACUAGGUUAGUGACAAGUUGA